AUGACUGCGGGGAAUGAGAACUUGACUCUAGCUCUUGUUGCUAUAUGUUUCAUGGCAUUCCAGGUCGUAAUCAGCCACAGUCGGCAGGGCGGAUGCGCCUACUAUAAUGCGAGUAAGUUUGCUGUGGAGGGCUUCACGGAGUACGUCUCUCGAGAAGUACGUCCGGAAUGGAAUAUUCACUUCUGCCUGAUCGAGCCUGGGGGGGUUGCGACCAGGUUUACCGGCUCAAACAUGGUUCGAGCUGCAUCUCACCCUGCAUAUACGGCCCCAGACUCGCCUUCUCGGAUCCUCGAAACAUAUAUUAUGAACGAAGAGAACCGAAAGACAUGGUCUUCACCGGAAGCAGUGGCUGCAGGUAUGUAUGAAGUUGUGAGCCGCGGUCGAAGAAUUCCUCUCAGAGUCCCGCUCGGUCCAGACGCUUGGGGUUUGGUUAAGGAAGAGAUUAAGCAUAUUGAUCAAGAUCUUAAUGAGUCGAAGGAUUUAAGCUGUCAGGUUGGGAGUGCACAGCAGUUUGAAUCUAUUCAAUUCCUCAGAAAGGAGUAACAAGUCAUGCUUAAUUGUAACGGUCGGUCUGGAUCCAAGGGAUAAACCGGUCGAAGGGUUUAUGUUGGCAGUAGGAUCAGGGCGUCGUUGAGCAAUAGGGUAACGUUACGUCUGGUAAUGGUCAAUCGGAGUGAUGCGUAGCAGUCAGAUAGAUUGAGGUAACCAAGCCGUAUUAAUAGCUGAGGAGCAAUGGUCUAAUCUAGUGGUGCACAUUGGGG